UAUCGUUCAAGAAUUAGAAAAAAUUAUAGGACUGGUGAAAAAAUAAAACCAAUAGAAGAAAUUGAGAUUGCUGGUGCUGCUAAAUAUCCAAUAACAAUGAAACAAAAACUCAUCCAUGAAUUUGAUUCGGAAUUUCUAGAGUUGUCAUCAUUAAGUGAUAUUCUUACCUAUGAAAACUUUCCGUAUUGUGAUGCAAUCUUGACAAAUCCUCCGAUUAAUCCUCGUGAAACCUCCAAUCAAGAUGAGAUUGAUGGUUACAUAAUUUCCAAAGGUUCGAUAGUAGUUGCAUGUACUGAUGCAAUCCAUUUACAUAAAGAUUAUUGGGAAAACCCUAAUGAUUUAUCCCAGAAAGAUUCUUAUCUAAAGAAGAUUAUCCAUUAUCAGCGUCUAAUUAAAAUUAA